AGACCACAAGCAAGGCAAGGCAAGGCAAGGCAAAACCCAGAAUUCAAUCUGAUUUUCGCUCCCAUGGAGUGGGUUCGAGGCGAUUUACUCGGCCAUGGAAGCUUCGGAACAGUGAAUUUAGGAAUACCCAAGAGUCAGAGCCUUCAAUUUCCUCCAUUAAUGGCCGUGAAAACUUGUGGGUCUUCACACUCUGCUUUGCUCGAUCAUGAAAAAUCGAUUCUACAACAACUCAAAGAUUGCCCACAGAUUAUCGAGUGUUUCGGAGGAGAUUUCAGCUUCGAAAACGGCGAGAAAUUGUACAAUCUGUUCUUAGAAUACGCUAUGGGUGGUUCUUUGGCUGACAAGCUCAAGAACUCCGGUCACCGGAGCUUGCCGGAAUCCGAAGUCCGGCGACACACAGAGUCGAUUCUAAAGGGUCUUCAAUGUAUUCACGAGAAUGGGUUUGUUCACUGUGAUCUCAAGCUUCAAAACGUUCUUCUAUGUCAAAACGAUGUCGCGAAGAUCGCCGAUUUUGGUUUGGAAAAGAAAUCGGGAGAGAAGAUCGUGGGUUUUGAGUUGAGAGGUACGCCGAUGUAUAUGCCGCCGGAGACAGUGGUGGCCGGACAGCAGGAGGCGGCUGCGGACGUAUGGGCUUUGGGGUGUUUGGUGACGGAGAUGGUGGCCGGAACGCCGCCGUGGCUGUGUGACACUGUUAAAGCCAACAGUGCUCCCACUACUCCUUUGCUGCCCCCUAACCCAAAUUGGAUUAAGGAAUUAAGGCUCACCAUCUUCGAGAGUCAACACUUCACUCCUCAUCAAGCUCCAGUUCCCCCAACUGCUUAUCAGCAAUAUAGGUCUCAGAUCCUGCUUGCUGCUUUUUCCCAUUUGUCCUUCGAAGUCUUACGAGAUGAUAAUCCUCAUAAGAACCUGUUAUGGGCUUUAUUGAAUGAAACCGCUGCUGCUCGAAUUCAAAUUCAGUACGAGGCAAAGAAUCUCCUCAAAGAAUAUGAGAACUUCAAAAACCCAGACUUAGAGUAUAGAGAAGAUGCCAUUAUGGGGGAAGCACGUGAGGAAAAGAAGAUGGAUGAGACAGAAAAGGCUCUUAAGCACAUAGAAUUUGAAAUGAAAACCUAA